CACGCCGGGGUGCGCUGGGCGAAGGGCUUUGCAGGCCCGCGUGGGCGGCCCACGGCGAGGUCACGCGAGGUUCCCACAGUAAAGCGUUUCCUGAGUUAUCGGGGCCGGAGGUCGGAUUAUAGCCCCCUUUUUUGGUCUUUUUUUAAUCAUUGGAGGAGGGAAAAGGGCAGGUAGAGUAACUUGCAUCCAUCAUUUCCCCAAAUGGAGACAGGUACCAGCAAUAUGCAAGGAGUUAAUUAAAAUCGCAGAAGUGAUACUGCAAAAGCAAAAUGCGUUUAAUGAAGGAAAGUAUUCUUGCGCUGCUCAGUUGGGACGCAGCGUUGCUAGAAAGCAUUUCUAGCUACAGUUUUUCUAGGUUCUCUCUUACGAAAGAAUUCCGUGUAGCUAACUUACAGCAGCGUGAUCUGCCCUGCACUGAAAGAAAGGUUCAUUUUCCCUUUCGGGGAGAGGGGAACAAAAAACUCAAAAACUUAUUUCGCAGAAGGACUGUGCCAUGGUUGUACUCAGUACCUAUGUGAGGGGAAACGUAAGUAAAGGCAGUGACGUAUCUGUUUGAACAGUGAUUAUAAACAAAAUGACAAGACUUAAGGGAAAAAGCUAGUAUUGAAAAUGACUGAGAGAACAUGUCUCUCAUUUGGCUUUUGGGGAACUAGAGUAUUGCUAAAGACUCUUUUUAUUCCUUAUACACAAUUUACCUAUUUCUAUUUUUAACUUGAAAUUCUUUGAGUGGACUGGCAAAAUGUUGAUAGCUGGUCUUUAGCAACACGUUUGCUAUUGGAAAGAACCUAAUGCAGCACAGUUGACACGUAAUACGCGUGAUGUCGAAGAUGAGAAAGCAGAGGGAGAAACUUUAAAGACAGGGGAGGAGGAAGUAUGCUACCUGGCUGUUCUGCAGUUAUACUAUAUAGUUGCAUAACUGACCAUCAUAAUUCUCUUCCGAAAAGAUCUGAGGUGAUAUAUUCUACUUUAGGAUUCUCAGCUAAAUCUUUCAUUAAGAUACACUCUGCUUUUUAUUAACUGAAUGAAAUUUCUUGCUUUUUCAGAUGUUACAGUUUACUUGAAGGCUGGAUGGAUAAAAAGGAGCUGAGGAGGGAGGUUUAGCAAUGAAAUAUCCUGCAAAAAAAGAGAGGAUUACUUGGAAUGGCCUGAAUAUUUUAUGGCAGUAGCUUUUUUGUCAGCACAAAGAAGCAAGGAUCCAAGUUCCCAGGUUGGUGCUUGCAUUGUAAAUUCAGAAAACAAGAUUGUUGGAAUUGGAUACAAUGGGAUGCCUAAUGGCUGCAGCGAUGAUGUACUGCCCUGGACAAGAACAGCAGCACAUAGACUAGACACGAAAUACCCUUAUGUGUGCCACGCCGAAUUGAAUGCCAUCAUGAACAAAAACUCAGCUGAUGUGAAAGGCUGCAGCAUGUAUGUUGCCUUAUUUCCAUGUAAUGAAUGUGCAAAGCUCAUCAUCCAGGCAGGCAUAAAAGAAGUUAUUUUUAUGUCUGACAAGUAUCAUGACACUACUGAAAUGACAGCUGCACGACGCAUGUUCGAUUUAGCUGGAAUUAUAUAUAGGGAAUUCAAGCCAAAGUGCAACAAGAUCAUCAUCGACUUUGAUUCAAUUAACAGCAGACCAAGUCAAAAGCUUCUGUGAAUUAAGUCUCAUUAAAUCUCUAGAACACUGUGAUUAUCCUUUUCUAAAAAGCUGCUAAUACCUUUCAUCUUGAAGUUACUUGCAACUUUUUAAUGGCUUCUACAGCUAAAGUAGACUUCUAAGAAGUAUAACGUCUAAAAUGCUCCCCCACCUCAUCUUGUCAUAUGGAUUCUAAAUCUACUUAAAAUUUUGUAAUGCCUUUAUCAAAUCUGCUGGAAAGAUGCAGACCCACGGAGAUGAGACAAUAUAAUGUGCGUAAAGAAAACUGUUCUGAUUCUUGCUAUAUUCACUACUGCAUGCUCUGGUAGGCUGUUGACAUUAAUUAGACUCAGUUUAACAGUGGUACGUACUGUUACCAGUAGUAUGUUGGAGUAUGCUAAAAGAUGUUGAUCUCUCUGUUGGACACGUGGCAAAUAGUUGAUCCAAAUGAAGGAUAAGAAAUGCUAACCAUGCAAAUAUUAAUCUUCAAACUAGCAUAACACUAGUAUUUUAAAAGAUUACCUAAUAUGCGAUACUGAACAUUUGUUAUCCAACAAAUGGAAUAUUGAUUUUUCUUUUACUUGCUAUCUAACAUUGUAAUAUAUGGGGACGGGUUAGAGAGGAAGUUGUUUAGGGUGUUCCAUGCCAGACCUAGUUUUAGAGGGGCUUUCAAUUAUUUUUUUUUUCUAAGACUCUAGAAGGGAAGGUGGGGGCGGGUGAGGGAGUAAAUCAUUUGGUUCUUUACUUGGAGCUCCUAUUUGGAGUCGAUUUUCAUGUUUAGAAGGAAAUUAAUUUAUUGGUCUAAGUUGCUUUUAGGCAAUCCAGCAUAGUUCAGUCUUAAAAUUAACCUGUGAGGUAACUGAAUCACUUUUUGUCCUCUGAGAGAAAUUGGAGAUAUUCAAUCCAUAUCCAUGCCAAAAGAUAUAAUUAUGGUGUUAGCUUGUUUCCCAGUGCUGGCAUAGUACCUUCAUUUUCAUAAAUGUUGCCUAAAAUAAUAUCCUUUUUAAUUUUAUUUUGAGGUCUGGGAAUAGAUUUGAGUUCCUUUUCUCUAAUUUGAUUUUUUUAAAUUAAAUAUGCCUAAUGGCUUUGUUUAGAUAACAUUGGGAUUUUUUUAAGUGUGGUUAUACUUCAAUGAGCUUUUAUUUUCUCUGUAAAAGCUUUGUGUCAUGUUUUGGGACAUUAUGUAAUUUGGCAUCCUACCAGUAUUAUUAAAGUCUUAUUAAAAUCCA